GAGGGGUUCCUCACAGUUGCCAGCACAAGGAUUGUCCUCCCCUUCUUAAUGCUGACUGCAAUAAAAAGUGUUUUUUUAUUUAUUUAUUUUUAAACCAUGGCUACUGGGGACUUCAGAAGUAUUAAGGAGCCUGUCACAUCCCAGAGACCUGACAACACUGCAUUCACUCAGCAGAGACUCCCAGCCUGGCAACCACUACUCUCUGCAAGCAUUGUUCUUCCUUUCUUUUUACUUGCAGGGCUUUCUUUCAUAGCAAUUGGCAGUGGAUUGUUAUAUUCCUCCAAAAGUAUUACAGAACGUGAGUUUGAUUACACUGGAGUGCAACCUGGAGACAGAUGUUCUGACUGUUUUAAUGUUACGUAUAAUGCAACAGUUCCGUGCCCAUGCAAUUUCACCUUUAACCUAACAGACACAUUUCAGGGGCCUGUUUUCAUGUAUUAUGAGCUAUCUAAUUUCUUUCAAAAUCACUACCGUUAUAUGAUCUCUAGGGAUGACAAGCAAUUAAGUGGAUACAUUAACAGUAUUCAGAGCCCUGCUAAUGACUGUUAUCCAUAUCAGUAUGACAAAAGUAAUGUACCAUAUGCUCCAUGCGGUGCUAUUGCUAACAGCAUGUUUAAUGAUGUUUUCAAACUGUAUUACAAUGACAAUGGAAGCUACAGUGAAGUCCCAUUAACUAAAACCGGUAUCGCCUGGUGGACAGAUUACAAUAUAAAGUUUCGCAAUCCAAUACAAGGGAACGAAAGCUUAAGUGCUAUUUUCAAUGGUACAGCAAAACUUCCAAACUGGGCCGUGCCUGUUUACCGCUUAAGUGAUGGCUUUACCAAUGAAGAUUUCAUAGUUUGGAUGCGAUCGGCUGCUUUGCCAAAUUUCAGGAAGUUGUAUAGCAGAAUUGAGGAGGGGAAUUACACAACUGGUCUUCCUCCUGGGCAUUAUAUGUUCCAGAUUGAUUACAAAUAUCCUGUUUUAAGUUUUGGAGGACGAAAAAAAAUUGUGUUUAGCAGUGUAUCCUGGAUGGGAGGGAAAAACCCCUUUCUUGGAAUUGCUUAUAUUGUGUUUGGUUCACUGUCUUUCUUCUGUGGAAUUUUAAUGUUAAUAGUAUGCAUAAAGUAUCAGGAUAAGACUAAUGAUGAUAUUUAGCGUGAAAGGGACAAAUACGUGACUUACAAUACGAGUGGUUUUUUUUGUUUUGUUUUUUUUAAACUUGCAUUUUGAGGAAACUAUAUUUCUGGGGCUUCAAUCUCAAUUUAUUAUUCGAGGGCACAUUUUAAGAAUCUGAAAAAUAUAUGUAAUGGACAUGGCUAAUUUUACAUUUCUUGCUCCGGGAAGGGUGAAUUUUGGAGUUUUCCCACUGGUGUAUUCUUAGCUGAAAACAAUAAUGAAAUACAGCAGAUAUGAUUGUAAAUGAAUAAUUGAACACAAUGCAUGCCCUGUUACUGUUUUCUAAAAAUUUAGAACUCUCUUUAAGAAUAGCUUUACAGGACCACGGGUAAAUGGAUAAAAUGUCAUUUCAAGUGAAAGAAAUUUGUAGACGGGCAUUUACUUUAAAACCAAGAUUGUACGGUUUUGUGUUUUUGUUUUUUUAACCAUUUUGAAUGUUUCAUGAAAAAUGUUUUCUGUUAUGUAUUUUGUGAAUGCUUUAAUAAAGGAAAAAAA